UUUACAUUUCACAUCCUUUGUUUAUUAGCAUUUCCAUUUUGAUUCAAACCAAACCAAAAUUAUCAUCAACAUUCCAAAAAAAAAAAGAUAGAAAAAAUGUGGAGAAAUUUAAACCAAAUAUUGAGAAAUGAAUCAAAAAAUCAUGUUAGAAGAGUGUCAUCGUCGUCUUCUUCUGCCGGAGUUGAUGGUGGAUUUCCGUCGCCGGCGAGUGGAACAAAAUCUAUAAAUUUGUAUACUGCCAUCAAUCAAGCACUUCAAAUAGCUUUAGAUUCUGAUCCUCGGUCUUAUAUAUUUGGGGAAGAUGUGGGUUUUGGUGGUGUGUUCCGUUGCACGACCGGAUUGGCUGAUCAAUUUGGUAAACACAGGGUUUUCAACACCCCUCUAUGCGAACAGGGUAUUGUUGGAUUUGGUAUUGGUCUAGCAGCAAUGGGGAAUCGAGCUAUAGCAGAAAUUCAAUUUGCAGAUUACAUUUUUCCUGCUUUUGAUCAGAUUGUCAAUGAAGCUGCUAAGUUCAGAUAUCGAAGUGGUAAUGAAUUUAACUGUGGAGGUUUAACAAUUAGAGCUCCUUAUGGGGCGGUCGGUCACGGUGGACAUUAUCAUUCACAAUCUCCUGAAGCAUUUUUUUGCCAUGUUCCUGGUAUCAAGGUGGUUAUCCCGCGAAGUCCAAAAGAAGCAAAAGGAUUGUUGUUAGCUAGUAUUCGCGAUCCCAAUCCUGUUGUGUUUUUCGAACCGAAGUGGCUAUACCGCCUAGCUGUGGAGGAAGUUCCAGAAGGGGAUUACACAUUGCCUCUAUCCGUGGCAGAGGUUAUUCGAGAAGGUAGUGAUAUCACCCUUGUUGGCUGGGGAGCUCAGCUCACUAUCAUGGAACAAGCUUGUAUUGAGGCUGAAAAGGAAGGAAUUUCUUGCGAACUUAUUGACCUAAGAACUCUAAUACCUUGGGAUAAAGAGACAGUAGAAGCCUCAGUGAGGAAAACAGGAAGGCUACUGAUUAGUCAUGAAGCUCCGGUUACAGGUGGAUUCGGGGCUGAGAUCUCUGCGUCAAUAGUCGAACGUUGUUUCUUAAGGUUGGAAGCACCUGUAGCUAGAGUUUGUGGGCUGGACACUCCAUUCCCUCUUGUUUUUGAACCCUUCUACAUGCCUACAAAAAACAAGAUACUUGAUGCAAUUAAAGAUACUGUGAACUUCUAGUAUACAUGCUUCUUCAAAUCAAUAUCUGAAUAUGGUGUUAUGAAGAAGUAGCAAAUAUGACGAUGUUGUAGAGGGAGGAUAUAUCAUAUAUAAUCUCUUUGAUUCGUGACCUGUUAAUUCGAAUAGUUGCUCUUACAUUUUAACCCUAUUAUGAAUGUCAUAGCAGUAAUGAAAAGAUGUAUAAUUGGAAAUCAAUGUUUAUUUUUUAAAAUUAAA